AUGGAGGUUCAAAAUAUCAGACUCCCGGCACUUGACUUGUUCGGCAUCGAUAAGGUCUUCUCUCAACUCCCUCAUCAUGUAUACUGGGACGACUUCGUUGCAGUCGCUAUCGUGGCUGCUGUCGCGGGAACGCUCUGGUAUCUAGGCCUGUUCGGAGAGACGGCGGAUCCCCAUCUCUACAAGAUGUUCGAGAGACCGCAGGAACUCAUGGGCGUCACAGGAAGCUCCAAAGGCACUCGGGACAUCGGAGAGAAAUUGGACCAAAUUGGCGCCGACAUCGUCAUUUUUUGGGGCUCCCAGUCGGGCACCGCGGAACGCUUUGCAACCCGCCUUUCCAAAGAAAUUCGGCAACGCUUUGGCAAGAAGUCUCUGGCUGCUGAUGCUUCGGACUAUGACUCUGCCUCCAUCGGCAAGAUCCCACAGUCGAAACUCGCGAUAUUCAUCGUCUCUACCUUCGGAGAAGGCGACCCAAGCGACAACAUCCAGGACCUGUGGCACUGGCUCGAGACUGCCAAAGGAAGCCCAUUCAACAAUCUGCAGUAUGUGGCGCUUGGACUCGGCAACAGCAACUACAAGUACUUUAAUGCAGUGGUCGAUGUCGUUGCCCAGAGACUGGACGCACUAGGUGCUCAUGCACUUCUGCCCAUCGGCAAAGCCGAUGAUGCUCAGGGUCAGACAGAGGAGCACUACUUGGAUUUCAAGACUAGUCUAUUCGAUUACUUCAAAGUGCAAUUGGGCUUUGAAGAACGGGACCCGGUGUACGAGCCCUCGUUGAAAAUUGAUGAGGAUCCGUCGCUUGAGCCAAUCGACCUUCACCACGGCGAACCGUGGGCUGUUAGAGACAGGAAGGCUGAGCGCAUAAUGUCCCCGGUCUUUUCUUUACCCGUCAAAGCCACGCGCGAGCUCUUUCAAGAUGCCAGAGAAAGGAACUGCGUGCAUAUGGAGGUCGACCUCACGGAACAGCCUGGUCUGAAGUACAAGACUGGGGACCAUCUUGGAGUCUGGCCAGCCAAUCCGAAACCUGAAGUUGAGAGGCUUCUUCAAAGCUUGGGAAAGCUGUCCGCGAAGAACACUCCGGUCUCUCUUCGCUCUUUGGAUGCGGAAACAAAGCUGAAGGCCCCGACACCCACCACCCUCGAAGCUCUUUUUGGUAGCUACCUCGAAGUAUGCGCCGCCGUUCCACGGGAGACGAUUGCUGCUCUGAUCCAGUUCGGCCCCUCUGAGGCAGCUAAACAGAGAUUGAUCCAACUCAGCAGCGACAAGGCCGCGUACGAGCAGCUUUGCGAUACUCAGUAUUUGAACCUCGGCAGGCUCUUGCAACACGUGGCUCCUGGCGAGGGCGCCUGGAAAGACGUGCCUCUGUCGUUGGUGGUGGAAGUGCUCCCGGCGAUGCAGCCGCGAUACUACUCAAUCUCUUCUUCUUCGGUGGUUCAUGCCCGUCAAGUGGCGAUCACUGCCGUGGUAUCGGAUAAGCGUAUGCAAGGCCAAGCCAUUGUUCCGGGACUGUGCACCAAUCACUUGCUUGACACGCAACGUGCUUUCCUCGGAUCAGUCAGCCCAGCAGCAGCAGAGACCAGACUUUAUGCUCAUGUCCGCAAAUCAACUUUCAAGAUGCCUGCCAGUAUGUCCCAGCCCAUCAUCAUGGUCGCUGCAGGAACUGGUAUUGCUCCUUUCCGUGGCUUCCUCCAGGAGCGUGCGCGGCUGUCGAAGAUGGGGCGCGAAAUUGGUCGAACGAUUCUAUUCUUUGGCUGUCGCAAUCAGAGUCAGGACUACUUGUACGCUGAUGAGUUGAAGGAAUGGGCAAGCAGGCCGGAACUUAAUUUCAGCCUCAUCACCGCCUUUUCUCGCCCUAGCAAUGGCGAACAGAAGGUCUAUGUCCAAGAUCGAGUCAAGGAGUACGCCGACGAAGUUUGCGAGCUGGUGACAGAGCAAGAGGCUUCGUUCUACAUCUGCGGCUCUGCGGCUAUGGCCAGGGAUGUCUCAAAGGCUGUAACUGACGAGGUUCAACAGCGUCAUGAAUGGAGUGACGAACAAGCAAAGGGCUUCAUAGACAAGCAGAAGAGGAUCAAGCGAUGGCAUCAGGAUGUCUGGGGCUGA